AUGUUGGAUCGAAACAACGUGUCCCCACUAGGCCAAGUACAGGCAUCGCUCGACCUGGUCGUGGAAUCCCACCUUGUUUACGCUACGACGGGUACCUCCUCUGCCACUGCCACUUUAGACGAGGAUGUUUCCAAGCUAAAGGACAUUCCCUUCAUUUCGUUUCUGUACCUGACGUUGCAACACGAGUUGCCAACUUUUCCGUCCGCGGUCGUGCAAUUUCAUGGCCACCAAGAACGCAUUGUGUUUGAUACGAUUACACAUCAACAACAAGAGCAUGGCGGCGGUGUCGUCGCGCACACCGGUCGGUUUGCCGAUGGGACGUGGCCCACGACACUUUUACUGGAAGAAAGCUCGGCAGCAGCAUCAUCCAAGACGGCGGCGGUGCUGUUGUCUGUGGCAGUGGACGGCCACCAUGUUGCGACCGCCGACAUCCCCACGCACCCCAUCAGUCGUCCACGGGUUCUUUCCCCCGUCGGCAAUCAGACACACGUGGCCGUCCUUUGGAAUGCGCAAGGUGUUGCCGUGGGGGAAGUGGGGUACGAAUGCCCGACAGAGCCCUCACGAACUGACGCCACCAAACUGGCCCGUGGUGGGUACUCGCUGCAAUUGGACGUGGUUUCAAUCAAGGCGACUGCGGCCGCCGCGUGGCCAAGCGAGUCCGAUGAGACGGUGGUGAACGGAUGCAACUGUGCGCAGACGCUGCAGCGAGAACGCGUGCAGUUUACAGCGGAAAAGAAAGCGUGGGAAAUAUGGAAACGGAAACAGCAGACGGCGCUGGACCAGGCCGAAGCCAAGCGCAUGGAGGCACUCGAAGCAGAGUGGGCUUUAAGAGAAAAAGAACGCCUUCAAACGGUGCGAGAUGCGCAGCAAGAGUACGUGGGUUUGGAAAAGAAGCUGCGGCAGACGCUGCACGACUUGGACGUGCGCGAACGCAGUCUGACCAAGGCAGAGGAAGCUUUGCAGCACAAGCUCACGGUGCAAAAACACGAAAUGGAGAUCGUAUCACGCAAGUCCAAGAGCGAAACACAGCAUGCCAUGUCCCUCGUGGAGCAGCAGAAGCAGUCCAGUGACUUGAUUCGCCAGCAAAUGGAAGAUCGAGCGAUUCGAGCGGAAUUGCAAUUGAAACAAUUGCAAGGGGAUCUCGUGGCGUUGCGGGUGGAGCAGCGCAAAAGCCCUGAAAAUGUCCUUCGACAAGACAUUAUCCAGUACCAAGCCACAAUUGCCACCUUGGAGAAGCAAAUGCGGCUGCUGCAACUUGAAAAGGACAAGGAAGUUCAAGUGCAAAAGGAACUGGGAGUUCAAGUCGACAGGUUGACGCAGCUUUUGCACCAGGAGAAGCGACACCAAGACGAGCUAAAAGUACAAGAAGUCGAAGCGUUGCGGCUCAAGUACAUUGCCAGGGAAGAACGAUUUGUAUUGGACGGAGACCGACAAGAGCUCAAAGCCAUCAAGAAGCAGCUGGAUGUGCUGAGGCAAGUCCAGUUUAGCCAAAAUAAGGAGCUCGCGCGGCUGCAAAAGGAAAAAGCAGAGCUCUUAGCCACGGGGCAGUACACAGAAGACAGCUUUGUCAUCCAAGAGCUGAGUCGUCUCAUCGCUGCAAAACAGCCAUAG